AUGGACUGUUCUGGUUUCCAGAUGAGAACCUGGAUCGUGUGCUCCAGCAUCUGCUUGAUGGUGAUGGCCUGCCAGGCGGAUCCGCUUCCAGCGGACGCCAUGGCCCGCCCCGCACGCCCCAAGUCCUUCGCCUCUCCCGAUGACCUCAGGACCUACCUCAAUCAGCUAGGACAGUACUACGCGGUCGCUGGUCGUCCAAGGUAA